AUGCCUGUAGGUAUCGACGCCUGGAUUUCCCAAAUACCACCAAUAACGCGGGGAUGGCUCACAUUGUCCGUGCUCACAAGUCUGGCCGUCCAAACGCAGCUGGUGACACCGCUGCAACUCUACUAUAGCCCACGAAGUGCAUUUCUCAACGCACAGCCAUGGAGGGCAGUCACGACAUUCUUUUACUUUGGAUCCAUAUCGCUGGACUUUGUAUUUCAUCUCUUCUUCUUCAUGAGGUACAGCAGAAUGCUCGAGGAGUCAUCGUUCGCCAACCGUAAAGCAGAUUACUUCUGGCUUCUGCUCCUGUCCUCAGUGAUGCUCCUGGCUCUGUCCCCCCUCUUCAACCUACCCUUUCUGUCAUCAUCUCUCGCCUUUGUGCCAAUUUACGUGUGGUCACGCAGGCACCCCUCUACACCAAUAUCUCUAUUCGGUCUGUUCACCAUUACAGCGCCAUACCUUCCUAUCGCUUUGGUGGCCUUCUCGUGGGUUCUCAAUGGGACAUGGAAGGCCGCCGCCGGCGAUCUUGUUGGGUGUGCGGUUGGGCAUGUAGGAUGGUUCUUCAGGGACGUAUGGACAAGGGAGAUGGUCGGCGGGAACACUUUUAUAAGCGAAGCGCCGCAGAGCUUGAAACGGUUAUUUGGGGAUAUAUAA